AUGCAUUCACGACUAAAUAGGCUCAUUCGCUAUCAUCCGCUGCGACUUUAUUCUUCGGCAAUUGCAAAUCCAACUAUUAAAGCUAAUCCCUUUAGCGAAAAACCGCUACCGACGAGAAUACUCGAUCUCCCACACAACACAUACCCCAACCCAUUAUUGUCUUUCACCAAGAGCCAAAUACUAGAUUUGAAAGAUAUUGAGCUCAACUAUCUUCUAUCCCUUCAAGGUGGCUCCUCUGCUGAGCUGGAGCAACUAUUCCUCAACUUAAUGCAGAUUUUAAAUGAUCAGAUCAUCCUCAAUCCGAAGAAAGCAGCUUAUUUGCUUGAAGCCUUUGAAAAUUCGAAUUUGGAACUUCCUUUGGCAGCUAGUCUCAAAAUCAGCUAUAAGAACAAUCUUCUUCGACGCUCCAUUGUGGCAUUCUUAGAUGAUCCAAUGGAUCCACAUACCCGCUCCGAUGUAAUACGAACCCUAAAAGAGAUCAGUGAGACUAGUUCACUGGACAAACAAGAAGUCGCUAAUUUGGUUUAUAAUUAUCUUCACAAAUUGUCGGCUCUGAGACAGGUAAACACCCGCCCGAUAUACCUCUCGGACGAAGUCCUGAACCUUUUGAUGGACCAUUUGAAUCCUUUAGAGAAGCGUCAUCUAUUUUCAUAUUUGGUGAGUACAAAUAUUCGCUUUGGCACUUCAAAAAUCCACAACGACCUUGUGUCAUCCCUUCUUGAAAGCGGGCCCUUGUCGAAGUUGGUAGCUCGUACUGGUUUGAUGAACGCCAAAUGGCACGAUGUUGCCAAGUAUGAGUAUGAGGACAUUGAAAAGGAAAGAAUGAUAGCCUUUUUCAGCUUUCGUGAGCUAAAGUCCUUCGCGGAAUACGCUGUGCACGAGAAAAAUAUUCUCGACUCUAACAUGUACAUUGAGCUUCUUUUAACCAAAUUCGAACAAGCAAAUGACAUAUCAUACCUACAGGAGCUCUUGGAAAUAAUGCUACUACACUCAAUGACAAUCAAGGGGCCGCAGGAGUGUGUCCGGUUUUUUUCAUAUAGUAUCGAGAAAGGUUUUGCGUUGCAAAUGGAUACAAUUCUAAAAGUCUUGAAAAAUUUGAGAGAAGAGGGUCUAUUCGACGAAGCAUUAUUCCUUGUCAACUACUUGCACAAAGAAGAUCUCAAUCAAAAACAGAGACGCAAGUUUGUCUCCGAGAUCAUGCAUGUUAUGUUCAACAAGUUUUCCGAUCACCCGCAAAUUAUCGUGGGAUACUUCACAUCUCUUUUUAAUGACUCUUCAAAUUCAGCGUCCUAUCUUCUCAAGAAUUUAGGUCUACUCGAUCUUAUUUAUGGCGUCGAGAAAGGGCUGGCAGAUGUUGGGGAUAUUAAACUGGCAGAUAUCCAUGAGGACUUGAAAGGAUCAAAACUCACACAUCAGACUUUGAGCGACUUAUAUUCUGUCGUUUUGCGUGGACUCGAUUUGAAUCGCUCCACUAAUCCCCUGUUCAUAAGGGAGCUUUAUGUGUCUUACGCGGAUCACAUCAAGAAGGCUAUGACCGAUAACGACAGCUCUAGUUUGUUUCACCAAAACAAUUUAGAUGAAAAUGUCAUCACUCUUUUUGCAGAGUACCUUCUUCGCGCGAAACCGCAUGAACGCGAAAGCAUGGAGCUCUCAGAUAGACGGUUGAAUUUUGAAGUCGCGAAGUACAUGGUAGAUGACUUUAUGAGCACCGUCAACGUAGCGAGAACCCAGAAAAAAACCUAUCUAGUAGACUUGAUGAUUUAUUCUAGUCUCAUGCAACACAACGACAUCUCAUACGCGCUCAAACUACUCAAACACGCUCGUUCUAGCGAUCUCCCCAUCACGUUCAAUCAAAUCUAUCCUUUUAUUUCCUAUCAUCUCCUGAGAAACGAACCUGAUAUAGCUUUGCAUUGGUAUCAAAUUCUUGUCGAAAAUGGAGUAAAAGCUCGCUCAAAGGCGGCUGAUAAUCUCUUCGCAACGGCCAAAAGGUUAGACUGGCCAGUGAAGGGUACUCAGUACAAAUCUGCAUCCCGAAAGCGAAGUAAAGAAAUAAAAAAAAGUGAACAUCUACUUGCAUCCGACCCGAUUGCAAUUUUGCCCACGAACGCAUCUUCGUCAGCUCAUAAACUGUUCGGGUUUGUUGAGGAGCUAGCUGCUGUUCUCAACCCAUUGUCCAAGGACAAAAACACUGCAUCUUAA